CUUCCGUGUCAUGCCAGUGACUCUUCAUUUGUGUGUACAGUACCCACAAGCAAUGAGUCACUUAGUUAAAGUAGAGAGUAAAUAUUAAACUCUUGUGUAUGCGAUACCAUUGUAACCGACGUUAAGGCUAGCCUGCUAAAUGCUAGUUUAGCCGCGUUAGCAUUGAAGAAGCUUCGCUUACAUUUACGAAUUAAACAAACUCAUACAUUGCUUUAGGUAGCUCCUUCAAGUGAUGGCACUUAUAUAUUUGACUGUGACAUGCUGACACGGAGAAAGAUAAAGGGGCCAGGCUGUGUGGUGGUGUAUUAGUGAUUCUGCACCAUCUUCAUUAGUGUUGUGAAGGGAUGUGAAUAUAACCGCCAUUUUGCCGAAUGUUAUGUUUUCAGUUGAAUGCUAUUUUGAAUGGCUUCCCUUCUCCUAGUGUGAUUGUCUAAUGGCAGCUGUUUGGCAGCAGGUUUUGGCAGUGGACGCAAGGUACAAUGCUUACCGCACGCCCACCUUCCCACAGUUCCGAACUCAAUACAUUCGCCGACGCAGCCAACUGCUCAGAGAGAACGCCAAGUGUGGCUUUGAGCCGGGGCUGCGCAGGCAGUAUCUGAGGCUGCGAAGUCAGCUGCUGGCCCUACGCUACGGGCCCCUCUCAGAGCAGAGCAGUUUCAGGGCCAGCAGUGUGCGCAGCUCCCGCACCACACUGGACCGCAUGGAGGACUUCGAGGAGGACCCUCGUGCCCAAGGGGCUCGUGGCCACCGCCGGUCCGUCAGUCGAGGCUCAUACCAGCUGCAGGCUCAGAUGAACAGAGCCGUCUAUGAUGAAAGGCCUCCGGGCAGUUUGGUGCCGACCUCCGUGGCUGAGGCGAGUCGAGCCAUGGCCGGGGACACAACUUUGAGUGAAAACUAUGCUUUUGCUGGAAUGCAUCACAUUUUUGACCAACAUGUUGAUUCUGCAGUUCCGCGGUUGCAGUUUGCCAAUGAUGACAAGCACCUCCUUGCUUGCUGCUCGCUCGAUGGCACCUUGUCCAUCAUGACGGUUUCCCCGCCUCCUGCCAGCGUAAAGGUGACCCUGAAAGGGCACGGAGGUCCCAUCACAGACUUUGCUUGGUCCCUCAGCAAUGAUGUCAUCGUGUCAACAUCGCUAGACGGGACCCUGCGGAUCUGGAACACAGAGGACGGACGGUGUAUUCGAGAGGUUCGAGACCCAGAAUCUAGUGAGCUGCUCUGCUGCACAUUCCAGCCGAUGAAUAACAACCUCACUGUGGUGGGGAACAGUAAGCACCACCUGCAGGUGGUAAACAUCUCCACUGGGAAGAAAGUGAAGGGCGGCUCCAGCAAACUAACAGGCCGGGUACUGUCACUGUCCUUCGAUGCUCCGGGGAGGAUUCUCUGGGCGGGGGACGACAGGGGCAGUAUCUUCUCCUUCCUUUUUGACAUGGCCACAGGUAAGCUGACGAAAGCCAAGCGUCUGGUGGUGAGUGAAGGCAGCUCCAUCUGCAGCAUUUCUGCUCGCUCUUGGAUUAGCCGAGAGGCCAGAGACCCCUCCCUGCUGGUCAAUGCCUGUGUCAAUAAGCUGCUGCUCUACAGGGUUGUGGAUAACGAAGGUGGGCUACAGUUGAAGAGAAGCUUCCCCAUCCAGCAUGGCUCGCAGCUUGUUCACAGCAUCUUCUGUCCCCUCAUGUCCUUCAGACAGGGUGCCUGUGUUGUGACUGGCAGCGAGGACGCCUGCGUUUACUUCUUUGACGUUGAACGCAACGCAAAGGCAAUAGUGAACAAGUUGCAGGGUCACGGUGGACCGGUGCUGGAUGUCAGUUUCAACUGUGAUGAGAGUCUACUGGCCUCUGCUGAUUCCACCGGCAUGGUCAUCAUCUGGAGACGGGAGCAAAAGUAACCUGUGCGCAUGGAGACCAUUCAGAAAGGCUGUAUAUUUUUCUUUUCUUUUAUUAACAGGCUGCUUUUAGACCUUUUUAAUGCCAUUCUAGUCAAGUGCAAUCAGAACACGGUGCUGUAUAGAUGGAGGGGAUGUUUUGGAAAAUUGUGAGGAGGUGGCGGUUACUCUUUGUGUAUAUAUGUGUGUAUAGAGUGUGCGUGUUUGUUAGUACCGUGCACCUGAUUUUGUGUUUCUAGAAAGAAAGUAAGUAGCCUGUGCAUGUUGCUUGACUGAAUGAAUGUGGGGGUGUGACAAUGACCACUUCCAGAGAAAACAUUUCCAACACUGUCGGUCCCUCGGGUCUCCUUUGUUCACUCUUUAUGUAACUGUUAUUGAAGCAAUGUAUGUGUAGUAUAAAGGCCUUAUUUGUUUUACGGGAGUGCACUGUCCUAUUUGCAUUUGAGACCGUCAUCAUUGUGCUAAGAUAAAACACAUUUUAAGUUUGUUUGUGCUCAUCGGCGUAUGUGUGUAUUUAUUGCAGAUGCUUACAGUUCAAAUUAAUGCACAUAAAAUAAACUGCUGUAAAUGA